GCAGUUUCUACUUUCUUGUUGACGUUUGUAAAAUUGUGAGUGUGACUUCGUGUUUGUGUUUUAAUUUAAUCUCACGUUUUUAAAUAAUUAUCAUUCCAAAAUCCCUAAUUGUAAUUUGAGAUUUAUAGUGGAAAGGUUUUCUUACAAGUACUAUUUAUAGGGUGUUGUGCUUUUUUUAGUUACCUAAUGUCUGGACUGUCUUACAUUUCUGAGUACGGUGACGAAGAGGAUUCACACUCUGAAGAAGAAUACGAAGAAAUUCAGGAGAAAGCGUGUUCAAAACCAAGACUUCCUCAACCUAACUUGACAGGAGUGCCUGUUGUCUCAUUUGAAGAACACGUUGAUGACUCUAACUUACACGGAGGACGAGUUCGGAGCUUUCCACAUGUGAGAGGGAACUGGGCUACAUUUGUUUAUAUAGAUUACCCAGACAAAGAAAAUUUAUUAAAAUUAAUAGAUAAGUUUGCAACAACACUUGCAACUGUUGAUGAAUCUUGUAGCAAAUGUGAAGACAUCCAUAUAAGUCUUUCAAAAACAUUUGUUCUGAAAUAUCAUAUGAUCAACACUUUUACAAGUAGUUUACAGGAAGUUUUAAAAAAUAUUGACAGUUUUGAACUUGGAUUUGAAUCUGUCGAUGUUUUUUGCAACGAGGAUAAAACUAGAACAUUUAUAGCCUUGAAAGUGGACUGCUUUGCUCACAGAUACUUAAUUAGUAUUACAAAGAAGAUUGAUAACAUUCUAAGAGAUUUCAGAUUGCCUGAAUUUUAUAAUGAACCAUCAUUUCACAUGAGCAUCCUAAGCAUCAAUGGAGACAAAAAACAGUGUGUAUUAAAGAUUUUGCAUCAACUUAAUCAACAUUUUAUGAAUCAAGAAGAAAAAGUGGAUACCAUUAUCAUUAACAAAGUUAAUUGUAAAAGUGGCAAUAAAUACUAUCAAUAUUACUUGAAGUAA